AUGAUGAUAGAUAUUCAUUCUAAACAUGAAGAUUUUCGUGAACAAUUACAAAUUGAAACAGAACAAAUGAAUCGAUUAAAAAAUGAUUUAUUACACCUAAAACAUUAUUAUAGAGAUGAUGUUAACAAUGAUGAUAUAAUUUGUCAAAAAUGUAUGUUACCUGUCUUUGAUAUAGAUUCUCAUUAUAUUAUAAAUCAUCUUUUGAAAAAUAAUCUACCCAUUAAAAAAUUGUACAAUGAUACUUUAUUACCAUUACAACAUGUGUUAAUUCUUAUGUGUUUGUUGAAUACAAUAUGUAUGACGAUGAUUUUCGAAAAACCAAUUAAACUUUUUCUUAUAUCAAGUUUAUUUGGAAUAAUAUGUUUAUUUAUUCAUGGAGAAUUUUUUAUUGAAGAUAAACCAAACGUUUAUUAUACAUUAAUCGCUGCUAUUGGCGUAUUUUUAUUUUCUGUUUUUUUGUUAAUCAAAAUACUUCUAACAUUAUUAAAUAUCAUCUAUUAUCAUACAAUGAAAAACAUUUUAAGAAGUGAAUAA